AUGAACCAGGUAUUCGUUUCCACUCGCUCUUCGUCAGACAUUUUUUUUCCCUAUGAAACUGAAAAUUUUUCGAACUUUAAAUCACCACAAUAUAUGGUACAGUCGAUGAGCAUCGAUUCUUCGUUGACGGAAACUGUUCAACACCAAGAUACACCGUCACCCAUGUCAUCGGAACAUAUCCCAGCCUGGAAGAGGAUUGUUCUAAAGGAAAAACAGAAGGAUGCAAAGGACAGUGUUUUUGCCAAUGACGAUCCAUUCAAUGUCACUACACACUUGGCCUCUGGGUCAUUAUCCAGAAAGGAGAAGAGGAAAAUAAUCAAAGGUGGUAAUGAGCCCAGCAAAAAGAAAGUCAAGGGUGCGAAAGCUGCCAAGAGAGAACAGAAAAGAGAAAAGCUACCUAGGGAAGUAAGAGAAACGAAAAAGAGUAAAGUUUUGAAAGAUCAACUCCGGUAUCUUAUAGAAUUUUACAAGUUCAAAGUUGAUAAACAAUUACCGCAAGAACUUUAUGAAUUAGAGUCUGUGAGCUCAAAUUAUUCUAAGGAAGAAGAGGUAGAUGUAGACGAAAGCAAUGCCGUUGUUGAUGUCUGGAAGUUUUCUAAGCAAAAGCAGAACUGGGUGAUCAGACAUUUCUUUAGUGUUGAUGAAAUUCCUACCCAAUACAACGUUUUGCUUAUUGCCUACUUAAAAGAUCUCUCUCCAAAGUCCAGAGAUGAUUUGAUACAGAAAUGCCGCUUGCAAGUGAACGCGUGGAAUACCUACACCAAAGAGCAGAGGGAAAGUAUAAAUGCUUUUGUUGCAAGAGAAGCUAAAGACGAUGCGGGAGAAGCUGGUGAAGACUCGGCGAAGAGCAGUAGUUCAGAAGCUGACGAUCAGAAGAAACAAACCGCGCAAGAUUCGACUCAAACUGAUCAUAAGGAGAAAAAGGUUGAGAAAUCUGAAGAGCAAGCGGUUCCUAACAAAGACGUUGUUUCUAGGUGUUUUAUGCUAUUGCAAGAGUUUUUGGAAAAGCAUGAACUCGAUGAAUUGGCAUUGAUAGACCUUACAUCGUAG